AUGCAAAGUUAUGUACCUGUGUACAAUUUUGAUGAAGCUUCUACUAAUUAACCUAAAAUUAUCAAAUAGUUAGACAUUUAUGAGAAACUUGAAUAAUGGGGGGAAUGGCUAUGGCUUAAAUUUUAGGCUUUGCUCUGGAUUUCAGCAGCCGUGACUAUAAUUUAUUAUUCAAACUUUUUUAAAUAAUUGUUUCAUAAUGAAAAUAUCAAUGAGUAAUCAAAACAAUCAAAUUAGACUGUUUUUUACAUUUGCAUUAUUAUUUAUUGGCAUGAGCAUUUGUUUAUCAUUAUAUGUUGCAUUCUAUUUACCAUUUAUAAAGGGUGUAACUGAGAACAUCGAAAAAUACAACCCAAUAGCGAUAUAAUUGGGAGCUUUUGCUGGGUUUAUGAGUUUCAUAACGUAUAUAAAUGUUGUCUCAUUUUUUUAGUCUAACGAUUGCAAUUUGGCCUGUGUUUGGAUGGUGGAGUUUCCCUAUGUUAUUUGCAAUGGUUAUGGGUUUCUUAAACACAGGACACUUCUUACCUAACCACCAAGCAAGUGGUCUGCUUUUCGGAGCCAUAUUCAUUGGAGCAUUUUUCUCACAUUAUUACAUAGAUCAUGAUGGUUUUAUGCAUUGA